ACUCUUCAUCCUUCGAAAACCAGAUGAAGUAAAAUUUAAAAUAGAUGUUUGCAGCAAGUUUCCUGAAUCAAUUUUCUCAUGGCGAUACAUCCUACUUUUUUCAUUCUACGGAAACCAGAUGAAGAGAUGAAGUAAAAUUGGAAAUCUGUUAAUUUUUGUCCAAAAGUAUCUUUGCCCACUUCACCGAUCUGAGCAUCCAAUCAUGCAGGUCAGCUGACUCCGUUGUAUUGCGCAUGACUCAUUUUACCGGGAAGAAUCGCGGGAAGACGAAAAUUACCAAUUACACAUGGAAUAAGCGAAGAAAUACCGUACUCAAUUUAUCACGAAAUAAACCUCGCGAUGGACAUACCACAUCUAGCCACCAUCUUGUCGAGUACGUUUGACCCAAACCUAAGGGAGGAAGCUGAAAAAAAGCUCAACGAGAUUCACAAGCUUCCGGGAUUUCUUUCGCUCCUGCUUCAAGUGGUCAUGUCGAAUGAAGUACAAAUCCCUGUGCGACAGUCUGGUGGAAUUUACCUUAAGAAUAUGAUUGCUCAGUAUUGGAAGGACAGAGACCCUUCAGAAUUAAUUGACGGUGUUGCUCCAUUUGUUAUUGCUGAGCAAGACAAAGUGACCAUCAGGGAAAAUAUUGUAGAAGCAGUUAUCCAUGCUCCUGAGCUAAUAAGAAUCCAGCUCACAGUGUGUGUUAGCCAGAUCCUGCGGUUUGACUUUCCUGAUAAGUGGCCUGGAGUGAUUGACAAAGUCAAUGGAUUUCUGGCCGAGAACAGUCAAGGGACCUGGAUGGGUGCAUUGCUCACUCUGUACCAGGUUGUCAAGAAAUACGAGUAAGUUGAAUAUUGCUUACCAAGAUGAUUAUGCCUCUGUUCUGUGGUAAAUAUCAUAAUUUAUUAGAUGGCAAGGUAGUCUUGAGGUAAAUCCAAGUGUUCUGAUUGGUCCUUUCUUGGUUGGGAUUUUGCCAUGCAGACUAUUUCCAUGGAAACAGUCACAAGCCAUGUAGUCUUCAUUUUCAAAGUGCCAUGUAAUAAAAAAGUUAGUAACCUAUGAUGAACGACAAAAGUGUCGAGACACUUGGAAGUAAAAUUUGCUUUUUGAGUGUCUUGGACACGUUUCCUCCCCCU